AUGAUGCAAAUAAUUUAUGAAGUUAAUCUUUUAGUCUGUACUACCAUUGUUUCUGCUCUACCAGUAUAUCCUCUUUCUUUUUAAAAAAGCGGUGAAGUGCUAUCAACUUUAUCAUUAUUUAUCUAAGGUAUUAUUAGCUUUUAGGCUGAAAAGGUUUAUUUAAAAAAUAUGAGAUAUAAAAAUGAAAGCAUGGAUAUUGUUGUCAGUAGAUAAAUUGGAAGAAAGUGGGGUUAAUGCUAUUUGAUUGUGUCAAUUAUUUAUUUGCUUCAAUUAACAUUGCUCUAUAGCUUUUAAGCUCUAAACAUGUUUUCCUAAAUAGUGUUUUACUUUAUCGAUAUCAUUUUUAAAGAGAAGAUUUAACAGGAAUAUAACAUGCCUAUUUCUGCAUUAUUAAUUAGCCCUUUACUAUUUUUUAUAAUAAUUAAAAGAAAAAAAAAGUCUAUUUGUAAUAUAAAAUCAAAAGCUUUUCUCUUAAGUUCGCUAUCAAUAUUAAUAUACAUAAUUUACAUAAUGGUGAUUUUUUUUAGUCACUAUGAAAUUGAUCGUCUUGACUCUUAACUUUAAUAUAUAUCCAUACUAUAAAUUCCUAAUCUUUUGUCAAGCAAUAAUCUUGCAUAUGUGAAUUAAUUAUACUUACACUGGAUAUUGACAUUUUAAAAUUAGAGGGUAGCUAAGUAAUCUAAAUUGUCUGUCAAAUAUUCUACUUUAAUCAUUUUUAUAAUCUAUAUCCUCGUCGGAAAUUUAGGAUCUUACAGUAUAUAAAAUAGAUAGCCAUUGGACUAAAACAAUAAUAAUUUCAUUUUUGACUAUUUCAGUGAUAAUGCUUUGACAGUUGUUGUUAAAAUUUUUAUGAUUAGCCAUUUUUUCUAAAAUUUAAGUUACAAAUAUUUGUUAUUAAGGGAAAGUUUAUUGAGGCUUAUUUUGAUUUCAAAAUAAAUUUAAGAUAGUAAGCAGAUAAAAAAAAGAAUGAAAUUAAUAUUUAAUAUUAUAUUUCCUUUAUUUUUAACAUUUAUUAACAUUGAAUAAAGUAACUUGUAAUACAAAUUUACUGUUAUGACUGGAUCUUUAGCAGGGUUUUUUAUCAUUUACUUAAUUCCUUACAAACUUUAAUUUGGAAAAUUUAAGUAAACUCAAAGAAUAUUAUUUAAAAACUUAAGUAUUCAAGAUUCUACUCCUUUUUCUUCAAUAUAGGAAGCUUAGGAAGAAGAUAGCAAAUUAAUAGAAAGUCAAUCAAAGUUAUUACCUUAAUUAAUUUAGCUAAAAAAAUUAAAAAAAGAUUUCUUCAAAACAAGUCUUAAAAAAGCAAAUUUUUUUGAUAAAGCUAUUUUAUUAUUCGGAUUUUUUAUAAGUAUGUAUGGGAUACUUUAUUUUAUUUAUUCUGUAAUAAAUUGA